AGCAAAAAAGGCCAGUUACUUUAGCCUGCACCUGGAGAUCGAGUAAUUGAUGUUGACAUCUCAAGUGAUAAGACCCCCACAAUCAGCAAGAGGAUGACACUCUCCAGGGGGAAGACAACAUUAUUAUGGAUUUUCUUCCUUGUGGUCUUAUCGCUGGCAGUUUUUGCAUACCUGGACAGGGACAGAACGUUAACAUGGAUGUACAAUGCUAGGAGCCUGAAGAUUGCCCAGUUGAAAAACCAGACAUAUAAGUGGCUGGCUGUCCCCGAUUGGUCUGGCUCAAGACAAAAAUAUGCAAAUAAAGAACCCAAAGGGCUCUUGAUGACAGACUGGCCCAAGGCUGGAGUAGCAACUAAAUGGAAAAUUGAACCUGGAUUUCUCUCCAGUCCAACCUCUGGACUGGAUGUCUCUCUCUGCCUCUGGAAGGUCCUCCCCAGUGGGCGAACGGACUACCCAACCCUGACGUCUUGGUCGGCUCCCAUCAUCUGGGAGGGAACUUUCAAGAAAUCGGUGUUGGAUUUCCACUAUAAGCAGCGCCGAAUCACCGUCGGUUUGACAGUUUUUGCCAUUGGGAAGUACCUGGACAAAUACUUGAAGAACUUCUUACUGUCUGCAGAAACGUACUUCAUGGCCGGCCACAACGUGAUCUUCUACAUCAUGGUGGAUGACCUCUCGAAAUUGCCACAGUUCAAGCUGGGCCCUUUGCGGACUCUGAAGACCUUCCAGGUCAAACGGGAGAGCCGGUGGCAAGACAUCAGCAUGAUGCGGAUGAAGGUGAUUGCCGAUCUGAUUGAGAGCCACAUCCGCCACGAGGUGGACUUCCUGUUCUGCAUGGACGUGGACCAGCUCUUCCAUAGUGAGUAUGGGGUGGAAACCCUGGACGAGUCUGUGGCUCAGCUCCAUGCCUGGUUUUACAAGGCAGACCGAGAUUCUUUCACUUAUGAGAGGAACCCCGAUUCGGCUGCAUACAUCCCUUAUGGAGAGGGAGACUAUUACUACCAUGGGGCUGUGUUUGGGGGAACCCCGCUGCACCUCCUGAACCUCACCAGGCAAUGCUACGAAACCAUAAAAGAAGACAAAGAGCGGGGUUUGGAGGCCGUGUGGCACGACGAAAGCCACUUGAACAAAUACUUCCUCCUCCACAAACCAACCAAAAUAUUAUCCCCCGAGUAUUGUUGGGAUUACAAAAUCGGAAUCCCCUACGACAUCCAAAAUAUAAAGUUAUCCUGGAUGCCAAAAGAAUACGAAGCGGUGAGAAAUAAUUCCUGACUUGCAAAGCACCGGGAGGUGCCGAUAGGUUUGCUUCAGUUGAGAACCCGUUCCUUUCCAGGUCCGUGGUCUGUGCGGAGCAGAAAUCAGCUACUGCCAAAAUGUUUUCAUUCGAUAAACUGAAAGGUUCUCCUGUUCUCUCCUUAAAGAAAGAAAGAAAAGAAAAAAGAAAAGUAAUAGCUUUUUUUACAAGCUUGCACAAGCUUGAUGUUAACAGAGUAAUGUGUGGAAAGAACUGCCUGGUCUUUACACUGAUCAGCUCUUGGACAUUUAAUCUCAGGAAAUUGCGUUGAUUGGGAUGUUUGUGGAAUUAAAACUGGUGUGCCACUUUAUGGCCCACCUACAGUGGUGGUGGUAUGGGCACAUCAGCGUGGCCUGUGCUGGCCCAGAAUGGCCACCGUGGCCCUCCUGUCAGAGGGGGGGGGGCUGGCAAACGAGAGAGGAGAGAGAUGGCAGGCAGCCUGGGAGUGGUAGCCUCAAGCAGGCAGAUGGGACCCCCAUGAAUGGAGAGAGGCUGAUGACACUCACAAAAUGUUGUAGCUGAUGGAAGACUUCAUCAGAGGCUCUUAAUCUUGUCCUGCAUCCUGCCUGCUUGAGCUACCUGGUUUUCCACCCAAAACAAAUGCACUUGAUCUACCUAGAAAACUCUGGCAAAGGUGUUUCUAAUUUCAGAACUGUGUUCAUGUUCGUCGCUUGAAGGUCUGCAAACCACUUCUCCCCCCACCCCAUUGUUUGAAAACACACCGUCUUGCACACAAACCACGUUCAUUUCCUGAAAGAGCACUCCUUUCGUUACUUAUAGCGCUGUUCUUUGGUUUUAGCUUCUAUAUGCCUCGCCCCCACCCCAACAUGGUUUCAUAAAUUUUCCUUUUGCUGUUGCCUCCCACCAGGGCACCUUUCGCUGUUUAGUGCCUGCCAUGCUAUUUUCCCCACCCUGUUUGAGAAAAAAAGUGUUGUUUUCCUUGGGACAGUGUGGUGUGAGAAAAAUGGGUAGUUUCCCCAUUCAUCGAGUCAGGGUGGUGUGCCGGUUGGACUAGGGCUCAGGAAACCCGGGUUCAAGCCCCCACUCAGCAAGGAAACUCAGUGGGUGACCUUGGGCUAGUGGUACUCUCUCAGAUUGAGCUACCUCACAGGGUUGGUGUGAGGAUGAAGUGGGAAGGGGAGCUCGCUGAAAGAGAGGCCAUAUAUAAACACAAUAAAUACACGCCCUGUGGCCCCACUGACUGACUGGGGGGACUCUGGGAUUUGUAGUCCAACUAACUUCCCUCAGGUCUGGUCCAUGUACUGUAUUCUAAACUUGCCCAACCUGGCUACCUACAGCUCUCCACUGCCAAAAGUGGGUUUUUCUAGUUGUUUUCUUUCUGAUGGAUUUUAGAGGAAAUAAUACGUCUUCCACCUUGCUGUGUCUUUUCCUCUGAGGGCACCUGAAGAGGCAAAUACUUGUGCUCUUUUCGUGGAGCCUUAAAUAUUUCCCUAACUGUUGUCAUGGAUGCCCUGGUGGAGCCUCCAUCUUCAGUGGCAGUCAACCUCCAAAGGGCUUUCCCCCAGCACUUCAUGGCUUGCUGACUAAAAUCCAGCGGUCGUCUUCAGUUCUUGGAGGGAAACCUCAGGAUUUGCAGAGAAUAAAUGAAAUUUUAUGGGUUCCCCUCCAUAAGAUACAAAUUCAGGAGGAGACACUCAUAUUUGAUCCCCCCCGUCAAAAAAAAUUAUAAAUAAAGCAAAAUCCAAAACUGAAGGUGCAAAAAUAACCCCCUCCUCACAUAUGGAUCUGUCCUGCUGCCUUAAAAUGCCACCUAUGAGUAAUAUCUGAGGUAAAAAUUUCUGUGGGGUGUAUAAUAAGACACUUUCGCCCCCUUCAGAAACAGCUGUGGGGAAAAUGUAUUUUCUGUGGCAAUAAUUUUAGAUUUUCCUCUCCUUUUCCCUCAAGAAUGGGGGAGGGGAAAGGGAGGGAUGUGUCGCUUCAUGAAGGAGCCAAAAUGAUUAAUUCAUUAUUUCUCCCCACCACCACCCUCUGAGGGGAAUUUUAGACCCUCUCCUGCCUCAGAGACAUAAAAGGAUGAGCCUUUUUGACGAGGAGAGAUUUUACAUUAUUAUUUUUUUAAAAAACAGCACCUCAAAGGGCUUUUGCCAAAAUUCGUGUCUCAACCCAUUCAACAAAUAUCCUUCAGAAGCCCCAUCAAGGAAAUAAAGGAGGAAAAAUGGAGUGGGUUUCUGCCAUUUUCACUGGGGUGGGCUGGAUUCUCCCCUUCCCAUAGAAAUUAGCAGGUCAUGGUGGUGGUUUUAAUAAAGUUUGGGAAAUUUGUUCUUCCCCCCCUUCCCUGAGGCAAAUAUUCAGACACAUCUGCCCCUCUCAGGAUCAAGGAGGAGAAAUGGAGGCUGUGGCCUGAGAGAUUUCCUGCCCCCUCCCCUCCCCCGUCCUCUUUUAUCUAAUUUUUUCCAUUUAAAAAAUAGCAAAUUUCCCCUUGCAAACCUAUUUUCCUGAUAAGCAAAUUAGGGUUCCCAAGCUGUCAACCUCAUAGUCUAUAAAUACCUCAAUAAGUCACAAUUUCCCUUAAUUUAGCCUUAGGGGGAAAAGGGGCUAUAUACUCCGACCAGGGAUUUUGGACUACAGCUCCCAUCAUCCUUCGCCCUUGGCCAGGCUGUCUGGGAGAUGAUGAUGGGAAGAGACUCCUGGCCCGCACUGUAUCUAGUUUUUUUUCUUUUUCUUUUGAAACUGUUUUAAAAGCAUUCAAAGGGAUUCUGUUUCAGUGGCUUUACACCUGUUUAUCGCUGGUCCCCAGAGCUUUUGAGGCAGGGCCAGAGCUAAAUAUUUUUAGUAACUGAAAUUGGCUUCGAAAGGAGGCGUAAGAUGGAAGGGACGGGCAGAGUUUCCCAUAAGUUACUUCUUUGGACCACAGCCCAGGGGGGGAAUCUGAAAACCAAACCACCUUAUUUUCAACCUUAUUUUCAGAAACUUGUUUGCAUGCUUACUUCAACCCACUUCCAGACUGCGUCAUGAGACUUUUUUUUGUCUUCCCACACAGAAAACAAAUAUGAUUUUUUUGUGUGUGUGUGCGUGCCCUUCCUCCCCAGACAGAGAGUAGGCAAUUUUGGACCGAUUUAUCUCAUGUUCACCUGCAUUCACUGUGGUUUGCUGUGCAUAUAUAGCUUUCAAACAACACACGGUUUUAGUCAGACGUGUUUUUCAAAGACGCAAAUGGUUUUAUGCAUUCCCCCCCCUUUUUUUCAUUGACACCCCCUCAGAGGGAAAGGGGUAUGUUGUCCUGUUGCUGGUCUCUGGAGGUGCAAAGUGGAUAUUUUUAUAAGGAAGUUUAAAGCCAACAUAUUUUUCCCCCCAGUUCUUGGUGACAAAAUACAUACAUAAGAACAUUCCUGUUAUGGGAAAACACAGAAUUUAGCGGUGGCGGGGGGGGGGAGAAUCUAACCAGAGUUCAAACAUGUUCAAUAUUACUUUGAAUUGCAGUUACAGUUCAAAGGUUGUCAAAAAUAAUCAUGUCCUAGGAGCACCAUGGGCGAGGCUUUGCCUUUUUAAUGGCUCUCAAGGCACGUGACCUGUUCGUACCUUCCUUCUUGUCCACCUGGACGGGAAGAAGCUUUUGCAUGGUAAUCCAUGGAAGGGGCUUUCCUCCUUCCAGAAAAGCCACGGACCCAUCGCCCUUUGCAGUCAUGGCCCCUUUGCAAUGGCAACGUUGCAGAAAGGGUAAAUGUUUCUGGGCUUUUCAUUUUCCCUUUACAGCUGCCAGGCUCUCGUGGUCAGCAUAGGUGCUGGCCGUGCUUCCUAGAGGAUACUGGGAGUUGUAGUCCAAAAAAAAAUCCUCCCUCUCCACUAAAAUACAUUUCACAUUUCCUGUGGCACGCAAUGUUCACUGUGCUCUUUUGUGGUGUUCCUAUAAUUCUUUUUGGGCUGUGGGGGUCCUAUUUAGGCAUGUUUUACACCACAAGCUUGUUGCAUUUUAUCCUAUAAUUACUUUUGGAUGACUAAAAAUGGAAUUCUGUUUCUUUUCCUUCCUUUUUUUUUUAAAAAAAGCACCUAACAGUAAACAAAUGAUUUUUUUGUUAACCUAUAAUGUUGCCAGUGAUGCUGAGAAAAUAAAUAAAAGUCCUUAUUUUGUUUAUCUUA